AUGAGACUGUUGAAUACCAGAUCUCUCGAAUUCAGUUGUGUAUACGUUCCUAACAGAGUACCGGACUACGUAAUCUUAUCCCAUCGCUGGGGAUCAGAGGAGGUUACAUAUGCCGAUAUCAUACAAGCUCCAGUCUCCGAGCCAGCGAGUGUGACGCGCAACAAAGCUGGCUUCUUGAAGGUACGGGGAGCAUGUGCACUAGCUCUUCAGAAUGGAUACGAGUGGAUAUGGAUCGACAGCUGUUGCAUUGACAUAUCAAGCUCAGCUGAGCUACAGGAAACUAUCAAUUUGAUGUGGAAAUACUACAAGGAGUCGAACAUCUGUUUCGCCUAUUUGGAAGACGUCGUGGAUCCGGAAGCAGGCUGGGGCAAUGAUCAGCCUGUUGGCAAGAGUGAAUGGUUCACUCGUGGUUGGACCCUACAGGAGCUCAUCGCCCCGUAUAGUGUGGAGUUCUAUUCAUCAGGGUGGCAACCCAUUGGCACGAAGCUUGAAAGGUAUCAGGAGCUUGCAGACAUUACUGGUAUCGAUCCCGAUAUUCUGUGCAACUAUCGAUCCAUCUCCGAUUUUAGCACAGCAGAGAAACUGUCCUGGGCAGCUCAUCGAGCAGUGACAAAAGAGGAAGACGAGACCUAUUCACUUUUUGGACUUUUCGAUCUCAACUUGCCCCUGCUCUAUGGAGAAGGCCGGUUGAAAGCUUUUGUUCGACUCCAAGAAGCCAUAUACGACACUACAUCAGAUCACUCAAUCUUCUUGUUUCUCCACAGCCACAAUAGCGAUGACCAUCCCCUCUUAGCGGAAUCCCCGAGUCAGUUCUGUAACAGAGAGACCUGCAAAAUCUGUCCUGAUCAGGAAGAUGAAAACUAUUCCACGUAUUUCUCGUAUGCUAAGCUGGUGAAAUCGGAGAGAUGGCACAGACAAGCGAACGAAAAGAUCAUGAUUACUGUUACCAUGCGGCGGAACGAGGUGUCGACUGUAUUCCCACUGCUGGACUACCCCGAGAUUAAAGACAAAUUGUCUUAUUUCGACGACCUCAGAUUCUGUGAUAAUCCACCCACCCACGUAGCGUUGUUGAACUACACGGUGUCAGCAUGCAAGGAAGGCAUUCUUUGUCUUCUACUGCGACAGCAACCAGGACAGGAUGCCACGAUGCGCUUACAAGUUCUUCCGGCGUUGUUGCCUCGUGUAGAAGAUGACAUUGCACGGCAACUGAAGAAGACAAGGAUUCUCAUCUGCCCUUUGGAGUCGACCCUUAGAGAAAGAGAAAGUAUUCAUUAUACGGAGACUAAAUUUUGCUUCAAGAGUGGAUUGUUUUUAAUAAAAGAUGAAACUCUUGCUAUGGGAGGAAGCAUGGCAAAGCACAAUACCCAAGACGACAUCGGGAGAAAAGAGACGCUGUCUCAGAUAGAUGACAACAAACGAUUCAGAUUUCAGGCGACGUCAAGUCCGUCAACGGCAGGAUGGAAACUUGUUGACACAAAAGACAGGACAUUGAUCUUACGUCUGAUGCAAGAACAUGACAUUUGGUCAAUCAGAGAGGUCCUUGCACCAAAAGAAAAAGGGGUAAGAGUUACACAUGAAAUGCCGACGUUCCGCAAGGCCAACAAACCUUCUGAUCGAUUAGCUGUCACUUUACCAGACGGAGAGCGCAUAUUCGUGAAACUUCAGCGAUUGCCGGCCUUCGCAAGUGGCCAUGCAGAUGGUCAGACAGCAAAGCUACGAUACAUGAUUUCAGUCGAACCUGAAGUCAAAUAA